AUGUAUCUCAUUCGUCAGGGCAACCACGCCAUCGUACAAGCAGCUUUCCAGCAAGCCGCGCACGAAGCGCUUGAUCAGCUCACUGGACCCACCACAACUAUUCCCCAUCUCCUAGGCCAGCUCAUCCCUGCCUUUGCCGAUUGUUUUAUCACUGCGAUCCAAACUUCUGAAUCGCCUUUCCUCCUGCCACCAACUCUCUUUAAUCGCAUUGCAGCGGCAUUGCCUGGCAAGACACCACACCCUCUGCCCACAUCCCCAUCACUUCUCCUCGCUUCAUGCCCCACUGACGGUGCAUCCGCACUGGUCCCAGCGGUGAGCUUCCCUCCCCCUCUAGCCCAGGUGGACCACACCUCCCAGCCAAAUGCGUCCCCAUCCCUCUCUCCGCACAUUCCCCGGAAUGUACCAUUGUCCGCUACCCCACCGCACCCAACCUCGGUAAGAGGUACGGCGAUACCUUCUGAGUCUGAAGUCAGAGACUUUAGUUUCCACUAUACUCCCGACCUCACCGCUUCCGAUUCCACCAAGACCAUGCCUUCAUCACUUCCUCCUUCCGGAGGCCCCCUCACUACCACUCCUCCUGGUACUCCCCCUCUUCUUCAUGACGUCCAACCUACUCCUUGGCUCUCGCAGUUUCGCACAAAGGCCUACUACAAUGAAGAGCUAAAGUCCCUCCACAGUCGAACGAUCGUCCUUUGGGGCACUGGAACAUAUCCCAAAGAACUUGCGGCUGAGUUCCCCCCCAAUCCUUUCCUCUCCCCAGGCGCCUCUAAUGAUAUCCAUCCCAUGUCUCGAUUUCCUCCGACCUCCCAGUCGCGGAUGCUCAUACCAGCCUCAUCACCCUCUUCAUCCCUCGAAAUAACUGCCGGUUCAGUCGUUGAUCCUGUCUGCCUGGUGACUUCAGAAUACAACUCCGUCCUGUCCCAAUGCGCUCAGGUGCCUAGUACCCCACUUGAGGAACAAACCCCAGGCCCGCCCUCGUCUUCCUCUUCUAUGCAAAGUCCCCCCGUCCCCACUGCUGCUCCUCUGAUUGUCUCACCUCCGCAUGACCUGCCUCUCCUCCCAUCGUCUACGACUGAUCGAUUCCCUGCAGCCCCUUGUUCUCCCUCAACCCGUGCUCCACCAAAAAUACCCUCAGGGGAUCCCACACCUCUGCCGCAGGAGUCCCUUGCAAUCCACACAUCCCAGCGAUUCCUGCGGUUGUCCAGCCCCCGUCCCGUACAUGGCCUCCCCCCGUCAACCCCUCCCCGCCCUGUGACUAGAGCCAUCAUGGCAGCUGCUCACUCGUCCCCCAACACUGAUUCCAACCAUAGCCCCGCUCCGAAAAGAGCUUCUUCGCGCGUUUCCGGCAAAUUGUGCCCGCCCACCCCGAGCAAGGCCAGCAGGACCAAACCUGCCAACAACCCCGGCAAAUCCAGCAAGUCCAAGCACAGCAAGUCCAAGCACAGCAAGUCCAAGCCCGGCAAGUCCAAGCCCAGCAAGUCUAAGCCCGACAACGACAACAAGUCCACCCACUCCGUCAAGGACCCCAGCUCGAUAUCCACGUCCGAUCCCACCGAAUUACCACCCAUCGCCUCUCCUCCUGUCCAAUCACCGAGCCAAUAUUUGGUUGCCCAGGACUCGGCAACUACGUCCGACUGUAGCCCCUCUCUCCAUGCGCCUCACGUGCGUAGUCGCUCUGGCUCCAACCCCAUCCAUCUUGUACCAGCCAAACACUGUGCCUUGAAUGAGCCUCUCACAUCACUGGCUGCAGGUGGUGAUCAAUCUGGCUCUCAGCCCUCCAAACGGCAAAAAAUUGGCCCGACUGGUUCUUUCGUUUUCUCUCUUGAUCUCGACUCGAACCAUGCUGUAUUCGUCGAGCAGUUUUACGAUCACAUGCAGAGCUACUGGUUCGACGAACCUCUCCCUCCUAGUAUUGGGAAUAUCGACGAUGAACGCCUCGCCUUCGUAGACUGGGUGCAUUCCCAGUCUGGCUUCGAUACACCAGCUGACACCAACAUGGCAAUCUCUACCCUCUCUGAGGCCUAUUCUGCGUACCGCAAAUCUGUACUCUGAUGGGUUUCGGGCUGGGGGGCUUGUGUCUCCCCGUCGUAAACGUCCGGACAUGGCUGUAAAUGCUUGCCCACCUCCCAAGGACCUGGGGCACAUGGAACAUCUCUGUAUUCCUCAGUUAGAAACCCUGCCCCAUUCCCGUAUUCACUCAUGUCUUUAUUAGGCACAACAUACUAUGCUCCUAAUUGCUCGC